CUCGGUAUAAUGCUCACCGAUAUCGCCUCGCGUAGAUGCACGCGACGACGUCCUUACAGACCAGGUUUUCGCUGCCUGCUGAUCACUCCACAAACAUUUUCGUCGGUUCUCUAGGAGUUCGCAAUUCAACCAUUUCCCACCUGGUACCCGUUCGUGGAGAAAUACCCCAGUCUUGGUCCCCGCAUUACACCAGACCCAAUGCAGCAAUGUGCCGAUGCCCGCAGCACGAGCAACAUCUUCGCUUGCCAGCCUUAAUGUCGAAGGGGAUGGGUCGUCUACAUAUUACACUGCUGGGGAUGAUCAGUAGCCGUCUCAACCCAGGUUAACGGGUACUACUUUUACCAACGGCCUGCUACCACACCCUGACCAGGCAUUCGCAAUGGCGGCAGCAACAAACCCCCGAGAUGAGACCGCAGGUGUUGAGGGCAGGGCUGGCGAGUUCAGCACUAAUGUAAUCGCCCCCACCGAUGCGCCGAAACGAUCACCAUGGAAGGCUUGGAUGUACCUCUGGGAGUGGUACCCAAAGCACUACCCUGCUGAGGAGAGGAAGCUGUUGAGGAAGAUGGACGCAUGUCUACUGACGUUCUGCUCGUUCAUGUUCUUUCUCAAAUGGCUUGAUUCGUCAAACAUCAAUAACGCCUAUGUGUCUGGCAUGAAAGAAGAGCUCAACCUCUAUGGCAACCAAUACUCCCUUUUCGGCACCUUCUACAACUGCGGAUACUUGGUGUUCCAGAUCCCAUCUCUACUUCUGCUUUCUCGCCCAAAGAUCGCAAAGUACUACCUUCCGUUGAUGGAAGUCCUGUGGUCAGUUGUCACUUUUACUCAGUCGCAGAUGCGCAACGAGCGUGACAUCUAUGGUACUCGAUUCCUGCUCGGUCUUCUCGAGACACCAGUGGCCUCUGGCACUACAUACGUGCUGGGCUCGUGGUACAAGCCUGAGGAGGUGUUCAAGCGUACUGGUGUAUGGUACGUCUCGAACAACAUCGCAGUCAUGUUCGGUGGAUACCUCCAGGCUGCUGCAUAUAAGAACCUUAAUGGCGUCGGCGGGAUGGCGGGAUGGCGGUGGCUCUUCAUAAUUGACGGUGUUAUCUCCCUUCCAAUCGCCCUCGCUGGUUUCCUCAUUUUCCCUGGUCUGCCCAGCAGCGCAAAGCCAUGGUGGCUCACCCCGGCAGAACACGACUUAGCAAAGCGACGAGUAGCAGCAGCCGGUAUCGCACCAAGUCAAAGCCUGAACUGGUCCAUCAUCAAGCGCACUCUUCGACGAUGGGAAUUUUACAUGGGUCUCCUGGCGUACACCUUCUUCCUGUCAUCCUCAUAUCCUCAUGGUCAGAUGGCGCUCUGGCUCAAAGAUCAGGCUGCAAAGUUCCCCGGUAGCUACUCCGUGCCACAGAUCAACACGAUCCCGACCGGUGCCCAGGGUGUCUCCGUGGUUGCAGCGCUACUUGCGACUUCGCUUUGUAUGAUUUACCCCCUGUGGAGUAUCUUCUCCAUCGUGCAGACUAUUUACCUCAUCGCCAAUAUCCUGCUCCUUGUCUGGGUCAUUCCUAAAGGUCUUCACUUCGCAUGCUACUAUCUCCUCGGAGUAUCAGCAGCCGUGACGCCCAUCCUCAUGCCAUUCAUCAACAUGGCUCUGCGCGAUGACGCUGAAGCACGUGCCGUCACCGUCGGUGGUAUGCUCACAGCUGGCUGGGCUGUUUUCUCAUUUUACCCCAUCGCGGUCUUCCCUGUCGUUGAAGCGCCACGAUGGACAAAGGGCUACUCGGUCAAUAUCUGCUUCGUGGUUGGAUGUUGGGCAUGCUUCUUGAUCAUGCAGUAUAUGUACAAGAAGAGCGAGAACAAGAAGCAGCAGCAAAUUAUUGGUGCGGCGGGAAGAGAUGAAGAGGAUAGCUUGAGUGAUAAGAAGCCUGUGGAGCAUAUCAAGGAACAUGUUGAAGAGCGCAGAUAGGGUGGUCAUGAGUGAUCAGGGGUCGAGCGAAGUGCGGCUGCGAG